UUUAUUUUUCUGAUCAGUUUCCAUUUCUCUGAACACAAAAGCAUCAAAUUAAGCAAUCUUCUCAAUAACCCAAUUAAGGUGACAAAGCAAUUGACUCAAGCCAUGGAGGUUGUUGGCACUCGUGGAAAAGGAACUCUUUUUUCUGGAGAGACUUCAAACAAACCUAGUAUUACAUCAAUUUAUGAUGAUGUAGUUGUCGGCUUUGAGAAACAUGCAGAAAUUAUAAUGAAUAAAUUGAUACGAGGAACUAAGAAGCGGGAUGUUAUCUCCAUCUAUGGGAUGCCCGGACUAGGUAAAACAACUUUGGCAAAAAAGGUAUACAACAAUCCCUCUAUUGUUAAUUACUUUGAUGUUAAAGCACGGUGUUCUGUGUCGCAAGCAUAUGAUAGGAGGACGUUAUUGGUUGAGAUUUUCAAACAAGCUACAAAUGAUAAGAUCAAAAUCAAAGAGGACGAUGAUGUAGCUGACAUGUUGCGCAAGGUUCUAAUAGGCAAGAGAUACCUUAUCGUAUUAGAUGACGUUUGGGAUGUCAAGGCAUGGGAAGAUUUGGGAAUAUGUUUCCCUCAAGGUGAAUGUGGAAGCAGAGUAAUGGUCACAACACGAAUUGAAGAAGUGACUAAGCAUCUUCCGCACCACAGUGAUCCUUAUUCUCUUAGCUUUCUAACGUCCGAAGAGAGUUGGGAAUUAUUGGAGAAGAAGGUAUUUCGAGGAGAGAGUUGUCCCCCGGAUCUACUGGAAGCAGGGUUACAAGUUGCCCUACACUGUAAGGGAUUGCCUCUUGUGGUUGUCUUGAUUGCUGGAAUUAUAGCAAAAAGGGAAAGGGAGGCGUCCUUGUGGCUCGAGGUUGCAAAUGACUUGAGUUCCCUUGCUUUAGGAGAGCAGAGUAUGAAGGUGAUACAAUCAAGUUAUGACCAUUUAGAAGAUCACUUAAAGCCUUGCCUUCUUUACAUGGCAUUGUUUCCAGAAGACCAUAAGAUCCCAGUGGACCAUCUGCUGAAGUUGUGGAUGGCUGAAGAGUUUGUAUUGAAUUCCAGAACAGAGAACAUGGAGAAAGCAUGUCGAGUCUGCAUGACUGAUUUGCUUAACAGAAGCCUAAUAAUGGUCUCCGGAAUGAGAUUUUAUCGUGAUGUACAAUACUGCUCACUUCAUGAUGUAGUGCGUGAGUUCUGCUUGAGAAAACUCACAGAAGACAAGUAUAUGCAGCUUGCAGUGCCAUUCAAUCCGUAUCAACAUUUGCAUUCCACGGAAUCACGGUUGUGCAUUUAUAUUCAUGAUGAUCUUGUUAAACAAUUAGAUCAUACCAACUACCAGCUGGAUAAGAUUCCAAUGCUCGAUUUCAAGGAAACAAAUUCUUUGGAGUUCAUUGCUCAUCCAAAACUCAAUACGUGGAAUAACCUGCAGGUCAAGUCAAGUGAGAAGUUACGCCUAAGGGCUGCUACUUUAUCAGAAAUGACGAACCUAAGGCAUGUGAAAAUAGACUGUUUUUUCAUGGUAUGGGAAAACAAUGAGCAAGAAAGUUCUUCAGCAACUAUGCUAGAGAACAUGAAGAGUUUUGGUACUUGUGAUAUACGCUUGGAUAAUAUGAAUGCAAGGUUGUGGUGGAGGUUUCCGAAUCUUGAAGAACUCGGCCUCAACGUUAAAGUUGUACCUGAGUUUCCGUUGUUUCCCAUAGCGGAAGUUCAUAGUCACCUCAUUUUCUUACUCUGGAGUUCUCUUUAA